AUGGAAUGCUUCUGGUCCGAAGCAGUUCAGAGAAGGGAUACUCAGCCUCAUCUCCUGCCUUCGAAGAGACUGCAACUGAGGUUUUGGGGGUUCUUACAGUCUUCCACAGAUGAAAGGAUCAUGACAGAGAUCAAAGAUGAGAAAUCCUCACAGGAAGACCCUGAGCCAAUAGAAAUUGUUGAGGCUUCUCCUGGAAGAUUGUCCAAGGAUAUUUUCUUCGAAACUAUAGCUGACGAAAGGUUCUCAGUUUCAGCAGGAGAUGUGUGGGACACAGCUAAUGAAAACAAAACAUGUCAGGUAUUGGAGGAAAGUGAUAUCAAUCUAGAAGUGAAAGACAACUUCAGGAAUCACAAUGUCCCAAAAAACCAAGAGGAAAACCAACUGUAUAAAGGACGCAGUAAAUCAAUUGCUCAUCACAAUGGUAGCUACCAUGGAGUUAUACAGGAAGGAAAGAAAAGGAUUGAAUGCUCUACUUGUGGGAAAAGCUUUGCUAGUAUACCAAACCUUAAAGCACACUGGAAUAUCCACACAGGGGAGAAACCAUAUGACUGCUUGCAGUGUGGAAAGAGAUUCAGUCAGAGCUCAGCUCUUAGGGUGCAUCAAAGAACCCACACAGGGGAGAAGCGGUACAAAUGUUUUGAAUGUGGAAAGAAGUUUGCAUAUAGUGCAUACCUCAUUGUGCAUCAAAGAAUCCACACAGGAGAGAAACCGUAUAAAUGUCUGGAAUGUGGAAAGAGGUUUUGUACAAAGUCAAACCUUACCGUGCAUCAAGGAACCCACACAGGAGAAAAACCCUAUAUAUGUUUGGAGUGUGGAAAGAGGUUUAUUGUAAGAUCACGUCUUGUUAGACAUCAAAAAAUUCAUGCAAGGGAGCGACCAUAUCAUUUCCACAAGCCUGGAAAUACCUUCAACCGCAGCCAGCAGCCAAGAAUUCAUACAGGCGAAAAACCAUAUAAAUGUUUAGAAUGUGGAAAGAGCUUUAUUGCUAGCACGAACCUCAUUGGACAUCAAAGUACCCACACAGGUGAAAAACCGUAUACCUGUCUGGAAUGUGGAAAGAGCUUUAGUCAGACCUCAAGCCUUGCUAUCCAUCGAAGAAUACACACAGGAGAGAAAUUAUACGAAUGUUCAGAAUGUGGGAAGAAGUUCACAACGAAUGCAAACUUCAUUAAACAUCAGCUACUCCACAAAGGGGAAAAACCAUACAAAUGCUUGGAAUGUGGAAGGAGCUUUAGUUUGAGCGAAAGGCUUAUGAACCAUCAAAGAAUCCACAAAGAGGUGAAACCCUUUAAAUGCCUGGAUUGUGGGAAAACCUUCAGUCACAGUGUAAGUCUUAAGAGACAUAAAAAUACGCAGACAGGAGAGUGUAGAAAAGGCUUAAAUGAAAGGACCAUGACAGAAAUCAAAGAGGAGAACUUUCUACAGGAAGGCCCUGAGCCCAGGGAAAUUCUUGAGGCUUCUCCAGAAAGACUGCCCAAAGAUGUUUUCUUCCAAACUACAGUUCCUGAAACAGACAAUAUUUGGGACACACGGAGUGAAAAUGAAACACAUCAGGUAUUGGAGGAAAGUGAGACAAAUGUAGAGGUGAAAGAGAACAUUGAGAAUCAGGAUAUCCCACAAAACAAGGAGGAAAGCCUAAUGGGUCAAGGAAGAGGUAAAUCUGUUGGUUAUCACAGUGGUGAUUACUAUGAAACAAUUCAGGAAGGAAAGAAAAGGAUUGAAUGCUCUACCUGUGGGAAAACCUUUGCUAGUAUAUCAACCCUUAAAGUGCAUUGGAAUAUCCACACAGGGGAGAAACCGUAUGACUGCUUGCAGUGUGGAAAGAGAUUCAGUCAAAGUUCAGCUCUUAUUGUACAUCAAAGGACCCACACAGGAGAGAAACGAUACAAAUGUUUUGAAUGUGGAAAGAAGUUUGCUUACAGUACCUACCUCAUUGUGCAUCAAAGAAUCCACACAGGAGAGAAACCAUAUAAAUGUCUGGAAUGUGGAAAGAGCUUUUGUAUGAAGUCAAGCCUUAAUAUGCAUCAAAGAACCCACACAGGAGAGAAACCAUAUAAAUGUUUGGAGUGUGGAAAGAGGUUUCUUGAAAGAUCAGGUCUUAUUAGACAUCAAAGAAUUCACAUGAGGGAGUGGCCAUGUCAGUCCCUCAAGUCUAGAAAGGGUUUCAGACAGAGUGCAAACCUCAUUGUACAUCACAGAAGCCACAUGGGUGAGAAACCAUAUAAAUGUUUAGAAUGUGGAAAGUGUUUCAUGCACAGAACAAACCUCACUAGGCAUCAAAGAAUCCAUACAAGUGAAAAACCAUAUAAGUGUUUAGAAUGUGGAAAGAGCUUUAUGCAGAGCACAAACCUCAUUGGACAUCAAAGAACCCACACAGGUGAGAAACCAUACACCUGUCUGGAAUGCGGAAAGGGUUUUAUGCAGAGUAAAAAUCUCAUUAUGCAUCAAAGAACCCACACAGGUGAAAAACCAUAUAAAUGUUCAGAAUGUGGAAAGAGCUUUAGUCAGAACUCAAGCCUUACCACCCAUCAAAGGAUGCACACAGGGGAGAAAAUAUAUGGAUGUUCAGAAUGUGGGAAAAGGUUUACACGGAAUGCAAAUCUCAUUAAACAUCAAAUAUUCCACACAGGAGAAAAACCAUAUAAAUGCUUGGAAUGUGGAAGGAGCUUUAGCCUAAGCAAAAGGCUUACUAACCAUCAAAGAAUCCACAAAGAGGUGAAACCCUUUAAAUGCCUGGAUUGUGGGAAAAGCUUCUGCCACAAUAGAAGUCUAAAGAGACAUAAAGAUGUUCAGACAGGGGAAUGUAAAAAAGGCUUCAGUCAGACACAAAUCAAGAAGAAACCGUAUCAGUGCCCGGAAUGUCGAAGUUGCUUCAGCCACAACUCAAACCUUAUUAUACACCAACGAGUUCAUACAGGGGAGAAGCCAUUUAGAUGCCAGGAAUGUGGAUUUUGUUUCAGUCAGUACUCAAACCUUACAAGACAUGCAGUUAUUCACACUCGGGAAAAACAAUAGGUAUAUUCUGACU